AAUACAUAAUAUUCAUCAAACGGACGUUUGAAGCGUCAAAGAGCGUGUUCUCUAUUUACUAUUGUAAUGUUUCCCACGCGUUCCCCUUUUUCUUACUUUGUAAUAUAUAUAAACUAUCGUCCUGUAGGGUAUUCAAUCAAAUCUUGAGAACGAUGGCGGAAGACUGGAAAGAUUGUGCAAACAAUGAUAUUGAAAUGCGUAAAGUAAUCAGCAAAGCAAAGAUAUCGCAUUACGUUAGCAACGCGAUCAUCUACUUGCACACAAUAACAGUACUUUUUUAUGGCAUUAAUAUCAUUUUAACUGACGUCGAUAUUACUGAUCGCACAAUCGAGAUACCGCACAUAUUUCGAAUAGAACUUCCGUUUGACAUAAAAACACAGAGUAUGUACAAAUUCGUAUUAAUAAUAGAACUGAUACAGCUUGUUAUGAGCAGCUGGGGUAAUGGAGUGAUAAGUGCCUUGCUUAUAGCAUUGACCCUACACAUAGGCGGUCAAAUAGAUAUACUACAUUGCUGGUUGACGGGACUGGAAUUUGCAAGGAGUACUGAUAAACACAGAAUCAACGUGAUAAAGAAGAUUAUUCAGAAACAUCAGAAAAUUAUUUAUUUCACGGAAAAUAUAGAGACUCUCUACAUAUUCAUCGCAUUGUUGCAGUUCGUGUCAAACGUGAUAAUGAUUUGCAUAUUAGGAUUUUUGGUUAUAACAGCGCUCGAUAAUCCCAAUGCAACGGAAAAGAUAAUGAGAUCACUUUCGUAUUACAGCGUGACAAAUCUAGAAGCGUUUAUAUUCUGCUAUGCUGGAGAGUAUUUGAUCAACAAGAGCAAAGCGAUCGGAUAUGCUGCGUACGAUUCCGCCUGGUAUGACAUGGAACCAAAGCACAGACGUAUUCUGUUGCUUAUUAUUUUGAGAUCGCAGAAGCAAUUAACACUGACGAUUGGAAAGCUGAUGGAUCUCUCGUUGCAGCGCUUCACAAGUAUUAUGAAUUCCGCGGGUUCGUACAUCUCGGUAUUAAUGGCGAUGCAAUGAAGAGCAACAUAAUGAAAAUAUUUUUCCCGUCGUUUUUCUAUCGAUAGUCGGCGAGUAUGUAUUCAGGAUAAACAGAUUAAUGUAAACAGUAGUUAGUAAACUUAUAAUGUAACAUGUGAAAACUCCGAAAUAUUACAAAAAAAUUAUAUUAGCCGUAAAAUAAUUUCCAGAUGUGACAUCGGAACUACGAAGUAAGCAAUUUCUACGAUCCCGGGCGACUAUAAGAUUAAAG